AUCUAUAAAUAAACACUUUGUAUAUAUAUCUCAGGUAAAUACAACAUUCAAGUGCAUAUAAUAUUAAUGCUGAAGGCUUGAAAAGGAAGUAAACAAACUAAACAUGGAUCGGCCAGAACCUGGUAGUGUUGAAGAUUUAGCAACAUUAGCAAAACUAGAUGACAGUAUUUUGCUGGAUGAGUUGAGAGUCAGAUAUAAUAAAAACCUAAUAUAUACAUAUGUUGGUGACAUUUUAAUUGCAGUUAAUCCAUUCAGAGACCUUGAUAUAUAUGGAACUGAGGAAAGUCAGAAGUACUAUCUAGAGAAGAAGAGUUCAAACCCUCCACAUAUAUUUGCAAUAUCUGAUGCAGCGUAUCAAUGUAUAACAGGCUAUGGAGGACGAACACCAACCAAUCAGUGCAUACUUAUCAGUGGAGAGAGUGGAGCAGGCAAAACUGAAAGUACAAAAUUAAUAAUAAAACAGUUAAUAGAACUAUGUCGAAGCAAUACACAACUAGAACAACAGAUUCUUCAGGUCAAUCCUCUGUUGGAAGCUUUUGGAAAUGCUCAAACUUCUAUGAACAACAAUUCCAGCAGAUUUGGGAAAUAUAUACAGUUAGCUUUCAGAAAUGGCCAUGUGAUUGGAGCAAAAAUAUCCGAAUAUCUGCUUGAAAGGUCUCGGUUAGUCAGACAAAACCCUGGAGAAGAAAAUUUCCAUAUCUUUUACUACAUGUUUGCUGGUUUAACAACAGAAUACCAACAAAGAUUUCACCUACAGCAACCAGAAAAUUACAGAUAUUUAUCAAAUGGUGCAUCUUGUUUAAAAAAUGAAAAGAAAAGUUUAAAAGGAAACUAUGAAGACCUGAGAAACUCAUUAGAUUUGGUCGGAUUUACUGAUGACGAACAAGAAAAUAUGUUUAACAUGAUAGCCGCUGUACUAAACCUUGGUAAUGUACAAUUUGGUAUGGAUGAUGACGAAGCAUCUUUUGUGGAAGACGACAAUUCUUUUAUUAAAGUGGCCUCUGCUCUACUUGGAAUCCCUACGGAGGAAGUGGCUGGUACAUUAACCUCUAUUGUUACCUAUACCAGGGGUGAAGAGGUCAAAAGGAACUACACUCAACAACAAGCCCAAGAUGCCAGAGAUGCUAUAGCUAAGGCUAUCUACGGUAGAAUGUUUGGUUGGAUUGUAAACAAAAUUAAUCAGCUCUUAGCUCCACCAGAGUAUACUGAGCAAGGAGACAGGAGAGAGAUAGGUAUUUUAGAUAUCUUUGGAUUUGAACAUUUUGAAAAGAACAGUUUUGAACAAGCAUGUAUAAACCUUGCUAAUGAACAGCUACAGUUCUUCUUUAACCAGCAUGUGUUUAGACUUGAGCAGGAAGAAUAUACCAAGGAAGGCAUUGACUGGAAGGAAAUCAAGUUUGUGGAUAAUCAGCCAUUAUUGGAUUUAUUCCUUGCUAAACCCAUUGGUAUUCUAUCUUUACUUGAUGAAGAAAGUCAGUUCCCAAAGGCUACAGAUGCAACAUUUGUGGAUAAAUUAAAUAAACAUUUUGGUAAAAACAGUUACUAUGGCAAAUCACAGCAGACUAAAUCUAGUAAAUUUACCAUCAGUCAUUAUGCUGGAAAAGUUACCUAUGAUGCUUCUGAAUGGUUAGAGAAGAAUCGAGACUCGUUGCCUGCAGGAUUACAAGAAAUGUUACAAGGCAGUACUAAUGACUUGGCUAAACUUAUAUUUAGAGCUCAAAUAACAAGAACUGGAACCCUAGCACUACAGUCAAGAAAAUCCAGACAUACAAGGAAGAGCAAGAGACCAUCAGUUGAUGGAGGCAGAAAGAGGAAGCAGACAGUCGGAGGACAGUUCAAGAAUUCUUUACAAAUAUUAAUGGAAAGAAUGACGUCUGCCACGCCUAUUUUUGUGAGAUGUCUAAAACCAAAUCAUGUCAAAAGUCCAGGAAAGUUUGACUCAGAUUACAUCAAACAACAGCUGUUAUACACUGGAAUGCUGGAAACUACAAAAAUAAGAAGAGAAGGUUUUGCUGUCAGACCAACAUUUCCUGAAUUUGUCGACAAAUACAAAAUCAUAGUAUGUAAAGCAAGUUUACCAGGAACAAAAGAGAACUGUUUGAAGAUUUUAAAAGCCAGUAAAAUAACUGGCUGGCAACUUGGAAAAACUAAAGUAUUUUUAAAGUAUUAUCACAUAGAACAAUUGGCAGACAUCUUUAAGUUAAUGGGAAAAUCAGCGGUAAAGCUACAAAAAUUGGUAAGGGGUUUUCUGGGAAGAUGUGAAUAUAAAAGAUGUCUAGCAAGGGCAAGACACGAAGCAAUGAGAGUUCAACAUUUACUGGAGAGCAUUCAGAAUCUUAGUAUAGAUCUUAGUAAUCACCAACAGGUGGCGCUACUAAAUGAUCAAAAGAUUCCAAAAGCGUUCUUUGGAAAGUAUGAAGAGAGUGAUCAACCACCAUAUAUUCCAUCAUUUAAUUCUGAUGUUAUAUCUAUACAACCAUCAAUGAGAAGUUACGAACAACCUGCUAAGGCUCCCACAACCUCACGAGAAAUGGGAACUCAGGCCAGUAGUUCAGAGUCUGAAUUUUCUGAUGAUGAAUUUAAACCUAUAUCAUCCACUAACUAUGGUCCUCCAGGGACAAAACAUGCUACAAUUCGAUGGUUUAAAGAAACACAAACUCAACAGGUGUAUGACCCUGUCAAUACUGAUGGUAACUUUAUAGCGGAAUGGUUCCAUGGUGUCAUUAGCAGGAAAGCUUCAGAAAGAUUAUUAAAGAGUCAAUCAGUUGGAUGUUUCCUCAUCAGGGUCAGCGAGAGUAGAUUUGGUUACACCCUCUCUUUCAGGGCAAAAGACAGAUCAAGACACUAUAUGAUAGACCAAUUAGCUAAUAAAAAGUUCAUUAUAAUUGGAGAGAAUAAAGUUCAUAGAACGUUGACAGACUUAGUGCACUAUCACAAAACGAAUAAAUUAUCUAAUUGGGAUGGUUUUCUUCAAGUUCCUUGUGGACAGGAACGUGGGGAAUGUGAUUACCAGGAUCUUAUGGGAGAGAACUUUUAUUUUACUCUUGAAGAGGAACAAAAAAAGCCUGUAUAUACCAGACAGAGACAAUCAGCAGUGAUAAAAGGAAACAGAAUAAGCAGAAAUGUGCCAUCUCAUGCUGAAGGAAAGAGGAUAUCACAACCAGUGGCCCCAUCUGUUGACAAAAUACCACCUCGUCAGUCCCAGGUAAUCCCAACCCCUGAUAAAGUACCACUUCGUCAGUCGCAGGCAGCACCACCUAUACCACAGAGAAACUACACACAGUCGCAGAAUCAUGAUAGACAGUCACAGGUCAGCGGACGACCUUUACCCAAGCGACCUGAUGAGGCUUAUCAGAGAUUGCUACAGAAUCAGAAUGAACAGCAUGGUUAUCAUUGAAAAGACAGCUGGUGGACAUAUCUAUAGACAAUCAUGGAAUAUUUGUGUUGUACUUCUUUAUUAACCAGUAUAAAUCACUGCUGAUCUACUUCCUUCAGCUAUAUACAAACAUAUGUAAACAGAUUGAGCAAAACUGUAGAUAUAAUUGACCAAAGAUUUAAUUUAAUUUGCUGUACAUUUGUGGACCAGGAUACUUACCAUUACCAAAAACUUUAAACUAAUGCAAGAUAAACAAACACACAGACCAGAGAACAGACUGAAGAACAGACUGGGUCGUAAUAUAGUAAUCUAGUAAUCUAUGUCUGUUUAUACUUGUCUUGUAUCAUUGAAACAACUGGUCUCUGAAUAUCUUAGUCCAUAAAGUUCAUACCUAUACCUCGAUCAUCCAGUCAUUCCAAUAAAGCAAGAAUUUGUUAUUUUAGGAAACAGUGUUUUUUGUGCGUGUUAAAAAAAGGAACCCAUGAAUAUUUAUGAGAUUUUAAAAUACCAUAAUUGGAUUGUUUAUCAAUCGACAUUUAUAAUUUUAUAUCCUACCAUAACAGUUUUUGAGGGGUAUAUAGGAAUCAACUUGUUUGUCAAUAUGCUUUGUAGUUGUAUAAUAUUGAUAUUGAUUAAUAGACAGAUUUGAAAAACAAUUUCCCUUCUUUACUUGUUAAAGGGAGAUAAUUAAUAUACCAAUACAUGUGUAUUACAAAAAUUAUUUAGGGGUCUUCUUUUGCGAGUUCACUCACAGCUCUAGUUUUAUUUCUAUAACGGACUAUUUUGAUAAAUCAGUUUCAAAAUUUCACAAAUAUUUGAUGGAUAUUUUAACCUUUAUUUAUAUCUUAUGUUUAGAGUGUUUCUAGUUGUUAUAUUCUCAGAUAGUUUAUUGUCCAUUUGUCAAACAUUGUUAAUUUUCAUUGUAAUUAAAGAUAUGAAAUUGUUUAUACAUUUGAUGUGCAUUGUGUAUAUUUUUUAACUAUUUUUGGGAUAGUAUUUUUUUACAUCCUUUAAUAUCAAUAUAAUUGUGAGGCAUAAGUUAACUGUUAUAUUAAAGCCAAAAUUUUUGAAGAAAAAUUUAUUUUCUGCUUUUAUUCCUAGUUCAUUUGUCAAACUUUUAUAUGCCAACUGCAUAUUGCCUUUGUAUUGUCCAAGAUUGAUGCAUCAUGCUGUUAGAUGCCACAAAAUGAAACCCAACGAAUUAAAUUGAAUACUCAACAUAAAUUUGACAGCAAUGAUUUUGUGAAUGCAUUAUAUUGUUCAGCAUUAGUUAUAAAAACUCAACCUUUUGUUUAUUGUUUUAUUUGAAUGUUGUUAUUGUUCAAAUUUUGCUGACACAUUUUUUUCCAUGUAAAAGUAUAUAGCUUAAGUUGCAAAUGAUAGGUUUGCAGUACCUGUCUUUAGUUUAGUUCAGGUCGCAUCAAGUGUUUCACUUUGUUAUACGCCUCCUCCAAAAGAAGGGUAAUACAGUUUUACCUCUAUCUGUCCAAUGGAAUUAUGAGCUUCCGGAAAUUUGUUAUUUGUCUUCAUGUGAACAUGCUAUACCAUGUAAUUCAGUUUCAGAUUCAUCCAAACCCCACUUCCUUUCUAUAGAAUUAUAUACAUAUAUAGAGCUCAUGAUUGCCAUGUUUGAAAUUGUUGUCGCAUUUUUAAGGGAACUACUUGAAAAAGCUUCCUGAAUUUAUGUUUUAUCAGUCUUCAUGUGAUAUACACUGUACUAUACAAUGUAAUGCAUUUUCAGAUUACUCAAUCAUCAACUUCCUGUUCAAGGAAUUCUAAAAACAGGGGUAUCUUAAGGGAUCAGUAGCUCAGUUUUACUUGUUCAGCAUGUUAAAAACAUAACUUUGAUAGUGUUAUUAUAGUGUGUAAUGAUGUUAUUCUGCUUAUAUGAAUGUAUGUGUGCAAUCAUUUAUUUAUGUUAAUGUGCAUUGAUUUUUUUAUACGAUUUAUAUAUAAUAAUAUAUUGUGGCAGUUGUUUUGAAAACCUUCUGCACUAAUGCAUUUACUGUUGAAUAAAAAUGAAUAAAUUAUUUAAUAUUUCUAAACACAUUUAUUUAUGAAAUAUGCAGGUCAUAUAUUGCACUUUAUCACAAGACAAAUCUGUGGCUUUUGUGAUUUGUAGAAAUAUACAACAGAUGUAUAGCAUCAGAAAGUUAUUGUGAAAAUUAAAUAUUUUACAGGGUUAAUGGCCAAAAGUAAUAUCUUAUAUUUCAAAGCAUUGAUAUAAAUGUGUUGCCACCUGGUUAUUUUCAGUUGGGAUUUUGCUUACUAAUCAGACCAAAUGAGAUGGUUGGACCUGUUUAGAUCUGUUUACUAAUCGGUCUCUUUUAUUUUAUAUCUACUGUCAUGUUGUAUUUUGAUACUUAAAGAGUUUAAAUUGUUAUAUUUGUAAUAAAUAGGCAUCUGUAAUAAAGGUUCUUUAAAUAUA